AUGGAAGCAGCUACUUUUCUACUCAACAAAGGAAUACUAAGAAAUUUGUUUGUUGUUAUGAUGGCAGCUGUAGCAGAAGAAAAUGAAUCAGAAACUAAAACUCAAUCGACAACUUGCUAUAAGAUAAUUAUAAUUGGAGCCGGUAUUGCAGGAAUAUCUGCUGCUCAUCAUCUCGUGAAAAACGGAGAAACGGACUUUAUAAUUCUAGAAGCCAGAAAUAGAAUAGGCGGCAGAAUUAUUUCUAUACCUUUGGGAGAAGAUCAGCUUGAUUUGGGUGCUACUUGGAUUCAUGGAGUUCUUGGUAAUCCUAUUUAUGAAUUAGCUGUUUCAAAUGGACUGAUAAGCCUUACAAAUGAUCAAGAUCCUCAUACAAUAGUUGCAACAACUGAAGAUGGGAAAAGAGUGCCAAUAUCUGUUGUAGAUGAAGUAUAUAGUGCAUAUUUUUGGUUUAGUAAAAGGUGUGAGGAAUAUUUUCUACUUCAUUUACAGACUCCACCUGAAAUAGACAGUGUUGGUAAACAUCUAGAGAUGGAUAUAUCUGCUUAUUUACAGCAAUACCAAGGUGAAGAUGCCAUCAUGCGCAGAAAAGUUUUUGAUCACCUUUUAUGUCGUGAAACCUGCAUAACUGGUUGCCAUUCAAUGGAUGAAACAAGUCUUAGUGAAUUUGGUAGCUAUUCUGAACUACCAGGGGGCAAUGUUAGUGUACCUGGUGGUUUUCAACAAAUAAUCAAUUUUUUAGCUGAUAUUUUGCCAAAAGAAAGCAUAAAACUACCUUGUGAAGUAACACGGAUAAAAUGGAAAAUGAAAACGAAAGAUAAAGAUAAUGAAAAUACCAAAGAAUCAGAGCCAAGCAGUAAUGGAACUGUUUGUAAUCAAAUCACUAUAGAAUGUAAUGAUGGCUCAAAAUGGCUGGCAAAGCAUGUUAUUGUUACUCUUCCUUUAGGUGUGUUAAAAUGCAAAGCAGAAGAACUGUUUGAACCUAAACUGCCUGAAUACAAGUUGGAAUGCAUAAAAAAUUUAAGUUUUGGUGUGGUAAAUAAGAUAUAUUUAGAAUAUGAUAGACCUUUUUUAAAUGCUGAAAUUUCAGAAGUUAUUACUUUAUGGUCAAGGACAGAAGAGACAGAUAUGAGUAAAAUUUGGUUUAGAAAAAUUUAUUCUUUUCGUAGGUGUACUGAAAAUAUCCUUUUAGCUUGGGUUUCAGGUCAUGAAGCUGAGUAUCUGGAAACAUUGUCUGAAGAACAAGUCAGCAAUACCUGCACUGAUAUUUUAAGGAAGUUUUUAAAUGACCCAUACAUUCCAAAACCAUGUAAAGUUGUUUGUACUUCCUGGAAAAACCAUCCAUUUAGUAGAGGAUCAUACACAUAUAUUGGAGUAAAAGGAUCUCAAAGAGACAUUGAUUUAUUAGCAACACCUAUUUAUGCUGAUCCAUACCAUAGUAAGCCAGCUUUGAUGUUUGCUGGGGAAGCCACACAUUCUUCUUUCUAUUCCACUACCCAUGGUGCUUUCUUAUCCGGUAAAAAAUGUGCCGAGCUCUUGCUAGAGCCAGACUCAGAUCCAAAUCAUAAGCAUGAUAAAAGUGGACAAUGUACAGAUAAAGAUAUGUCCUCUUGGAUAAGAGGAAUCGACCUGACAUAAGGACUUAUUUAAUGUUUAUGAAUGAAAAUCAUAAAUGCCUGUUCCAUUGCUACACUAUUGUAAAGCAGUUUUUAAAAGUAGAACAAAGCUCUUAAAGUUAUGUGAAACGCUAUUCAGUUGUCUUAUUCAUUACAGUGGGUAAUUAGUUAAUGAGCAUAAUUUGUUCUAAGUUCAUGUUUCUCAGCUUAAUUGAUCAAACAGCAAUAAUCAGUCAUACUUAAAUUUUUAUAGGAAUGUGAUUCAUUAGUCUUGGGGGUCAAAUAAAUUUAUAGUUCAUUACUUGUAAUAAAAUGUAUAUCAUCAGCUUAGUUUGUCUGGUGUGCACAAUUCUUGACAUUAUCUUUUUUUUAGGCCUAUCAUUUAAACAGUACUAAAAUAAGUUAUAUAUGUAGUUGUCAAAAUCUUACACAUGGACUUAUUCAUUGAUUUUAUAAAAGUUCAUAUUCCUCACUUUUAUUUCCAUUCUCAUUGUUCCCCUACCUUCUUUCUCUUCUAGCAACAUAAUAACAUUCCAUUCUCAUAUUUUCAUAUCUUUUGUAACCUGCCAUUUUUUUUAUUGCUUCUGGUAACUUAUCUGAAAUUUAUCAAUUCUUAUGUUCCGUGCAAUUUUUUUCUUUUCUUAACCAAGCAUACUUUUGUUGACCAAAUAUAUGAAUUUUUCACAAAGGUGUUGGUUGUUCCAUUUGUUCACUGUCCAAAAUGUUUAUUAACUGAUUACCCAUUAUAUUUUGAAAAUUCAUGUGUCAUCUCAUCUAGUCAUUUAUUUCUGCAAAUCAGUGCUUCAUCAGUAAAAAAUGACUGCAAUACUUCUACAAACUUAUGCUUUUUGAUAUAGUUACUAUCUACUUAAUAGUCAGUCAUUUUAUUUUGUUCUUUUUUUUAAUUUUUGUGAUUUAUAUUUUUCUUAUUUAUGAAAGGUUGAAUGUGUGCUGAAAAAUAUGGAGCAGAAUGCUAAUUUGGCCAAAAAAGAUAUAGUAUCAUGAUAUUAAAAAUGUAGAUUAUUUAAUUAAAAAAAUGAACUUUACUUCAUUUCAGUUUUUUUUUUUUUUUUUUUUUUU